AUGAGCCUCAAAGAUCAUUACAGAGUUAUAGCUGCUAUAAGUGUGACCAUUAGGUCGUCUGCUGACAGAAAUAUGAGCUACGGCGAGAAGCCAGGGGGCGCUCCGAGCCGGUCUUUUGCGGCUUGCUUUCUCUUCUUUUCUCUCUCUCUCUCUCUCCCUCUCUCUCCCUCUCUCUUUCUCCCUCCCCCUCUCUCUCUCUCCCUCUCUCUCUCUCUCUCUCUCUCUCUAUCUAUCUACCUAUCUCUACCUGCCAUGUCUGUUCUCCAUAUAUGCCUUAACUCUCUCUCUCUCUUUCUCCCUCCCCUCUCUCUCUCUCUCUCUAUCUAUCUAUCUAUCUACCAACAUGCCAUGUCUGUUCUCCCUAUAUGCCUUAACUCUCUCUCUCUCUCUCUCUGCUUCAUUUCCCUCCUUCUAUACCUCAUUUCUCUCACUUUUUCUCUUUAUGCUUCAUUUCUGUCUUUCCCUCUCUCUCACUCCUACCUCUUUGUUUCCCCCUCUAUGUCUUAUAUCUUUCACGCAAUCUCGCACGUUCUUUACCUUCUUUCUUUCUUUUUCUUUCUUUCUUUUUUGUGCUUCGUUUCUUUCUCUCUCUCUCCCUCCAUGCCUCUUCUCUAUUUCAUUAAUCUUUCUCCCCUUCUCUCCUUUUAUUUCUAUCUCUUUCUUUCUUUUUCUUUCUUUCCUCCUCUCCGAUUCCCGUUCUCUCUUUUCCUACUCUUUCUUUUUUUCUUUCUUUCUUUUCCUCUCUUUUUCCUUCACGCUUUCUUUCCUUCUCUCUUCUUUCUGUCUUUUCUUAUCUCAGUUCUUCUCCUUUUUCUCUCUUUUCUUCUCCCUCUUACUUUCUUUCUUUCUCUCUUUCUUUAUCUCCCUCUCUCUCGUUCUUCUUUAUUUCCUUCUUUCUUUUAUUCUGCUGCCUUCUCUCGUUUAAUCUUUACUGCUUCCUUUAUUGCGUGUAUUUUUUGUUUUCCUCUCUCUAUUGCGUCUUCUUUCUUUUUCUUUCUUUCUUUCUUCCCCUCUCUCUCACUCUCUGUCUCUCUCACUGUCUCUCUCUCAAAUCAGAUCGAACGAAAAAAUAUUUGA